AACUAUUUGAUCGUUCUGUCAUCAGGUCCUUUGCGAAGAAUCAGAGCUUCAGCAUCGUGUCAGUUGGUAUAGAUUGCCAUCUAUACGUUGUCACGGCGGUUCGGGGCGAGGCAGUUAAACCCUGGCCUUGACGAUCCGUCACUCUGAGCUCCCACCCUUCUGUACUCUGUCAACGAAUCCUUGCCUCGCCAUCCAGUUCUCUUAAGCUAGACUGUCUCUGGGACAGGCAACACGUCACGACUCUUUACGACUUAUUACGACCUCUGGCCAUAUCGGGCCUGCCUUUCACGAUCAUACUUUCCUACGCCAACGCAAUCGACCUCUCUGUCAACAGUACAAUGAGCCAGAGACAGAGCAAACAGAUGGUUGAUGGCGGUGGAUUGGCCGCAAACGAUACCUCGACUACCACGAUUCCUACUACCAUGCACGACCCGUCAGCUCCACCGAGACUACCGGACGAGCUCAUGCUCAUGAUCUACGGCUUCUGCCCGAGAUCGACGCUUACCAAGUGCCUCGUACUUGAUCAUCGACAAUUCGACCUGGUCGUCAACAUUAUCUGGAGAAACAUCGAUUCAGACAAAGUCGAGCUUCAUCGAUUCUCAAGAUUGAUGAACGAUCCUCUGAAACCGGCUGGUCUGCACCGCUUGUCGAAGUACCUUUCCGCCGUCCACACAUACUACGCUCCGGAUUAUCCUCGAUUCCUGAGAUUCGCAAACGAUAUUCCUUCAGAACUCCGUGCUAUCGCAAAGAAAUGCCCGAAUAUCCAGCGCCUGGAAGCCGACGGCGUCAAAGCCAGUGUCACUUUCUGGCGUGGACACGCAGAAACAUGGACGGAGAUGGAAAUGGAAAUUUUCAACGUUCCAUCUUUUAUGGAAGGCAUGGCCCUUCGCGAGUGGGACGAGCCUGAGGAACAUGACUCUGAUCCGGCAUUCGCAGUCGAAUUACCGACAUUCGUUCUUACUCGGCUUGCCAUCGAAGGGAGGGAAAUACUCGACAUUGCGGGAUACCGUCAUGUCGACCCUUCCUUGAUUCCCUUCAUGAACUGGAUCCUGCCACAUAUCGGCAGCUUGCGUACGCUUGAAAUCGGACCUUGGUUUUGCGGGAGUGAAUACGCCCAAAUGUUUUCUCAACUCUGCGCGCCGACGGUUGAGAAACUCUGGUUUUAUGGAUACGUUAGCGAUGAGCUCAUCGUCAAAUACGUAUCGGCUUUACCUGGCCUACGCGACUUUGGUUUCCGCCCUCAGUUGAAAAAUCCCAAUGAAAAACGAUCAGGCCGAGAUCUCAAGAAGACUUUGAGCGAUCUCGACUUGGAGAAGAUCACCUACUUCAUGGCUCCGCCGAGUUACAGACAUUUCAUGGUCCCACCGCCGGGUUCGUUAGGAGAUUUCUUGAUGCCACGCGGCGAUCCAACCCUUCCGGUGGACUACCGGGUUUUCGACGAUGUCGUGUGCUCUACCGCACGCCACACCAGCUUUGUACACGCACGCGACACCUUGUUCUGCACAAUGGAUCACAAAACCAUCCGCGAGAGGGACUACAAGUGGAUCAUGGAUAUGGUGAACCUGGCGCGCAACGUUGGACAGGCCGAGCAAGGGUCCUGAAUAUGAACACAUCGUCAUAGUCACCUGUCAGGAUGGCUAUCGGAAUCGCAGUUUGACCGAUACUUGAACAUCGGGCGAUCGCUGUUUCUUCUACGAAUCCUCACUAGUGGAGCUAGAUCGCUCGUGAGCCGGUCGCUGUUUUUGAACUGGAAAAUCAUUUGAGAGAGAUCGCUACGUUGGUUCAUCAUGGUAU